AUUAUCAAACAAAAAUGGCAGACGCUGCUGUUGAAACGGCUCCAGCAGAUGAAAAUGAUGAUAACUGGCUUUAUGGAGAUUCAAAUAAUGAUCAAACAGAUUCAGAAGCACCCAGUACAGAAAAGGAACUUACAAAAAUCAAUUCCGAUGUAGGCGCGGAAGGUGAUGAUAAAGACGAAGAAACAGAAGGGAAUGAGGUCAACAACGAUGACUCUCACUUCAACGAUGAACAUUUUGGUGAAGUUGACCGCGAAGAACAGGAUCAGGCUAAUGGAGAUGCAGACAGUCAAGACAAUGGAGACUCAGAUUCGGAUGACAGUGAUGAUGUUAAAGUUACAAUAGGAGAAAUUAAAUCGGGGCCACAGGCGUAUGCCAGUUUAAAUAUUAAGCGUGGUGUAGGGCUUGUAGCAGCAGGUGGAGAAAAACCCCGGACAGGACCAGCUGCAGGCAGCAAGGUGACUUUAGAGGAUUUGGAUGGACCUGGCAGUAUCAAUGGAGUGCCAGCUUUGGAGUUUAAUAUUGAUACAAUUGAAGAUAAACCGUGGAAUAAGCCUGGUGCUGAUAUAUCAGAUUAUUUCAACUACGGCUUCAAUGAGGUGACGUGGAGUGCAUAUUGCGAGCGACAGCGGCGCAUGCGCGUGAACGAAGCGGGCGUGGCGCUGCACGCCGGCCCGCCGCCGCGCGCGCCGCCGCCCGACACCAGGCGCACCUCCGGACCACCUAGACACGACGAAAUGCCACCGGGAAUGCAGAACAAUUAUCAAGCUCGUGAAAAUACAAUUCAGGUGAUGACGGCCGAGCGGCGCGAGUACGGGCGCGUGCACGCGCGCGACGCGCCGGCGCCGCCCGCCGACUACUUCAGCGCGCCGCCGCCCGAGCACUACUACCCGCCGCCGCACGCGCCCUACGAAGAGCCCUGGGGAAAAAAACGUAAAUAUUCACAUCCCGAACAGAGUGGGUGGGCGCCGACUGAAAUAAAGGAGCUCACUCCAGGACCAAUGGGGCCUCCGACGAUGGGACCCCCCAUGGGCUUAACACCUCCACUGGUCAAUCCGCACAACAUGCCCCCCGCGCACGUUUUAGGGGCUCCGUUUCCCCCACCAUAUCGUUCGCACGUGCCUCCUCAUUUACACGAACGUGAUAGAGAACGUGACAGAGACAGGGAAAGAGAUAGAGACAGACUCCGAGAACGAGACGACAGGGAUCGCAGAGACAGAGAUAGGAGAGAAGAGGAGGAAAGAGACCGGGAGCGUGAACGUUCACGUUCCAUUAAACCAGAUAGAAUACGAGAGAAAUCGUAUCGCCGGGAACGUUCUCGCUCAAGGUCGCGCCGUCACAAGUCCCGCUCGCGCUCCCCGCGACAGCGCGACCGGUCACGGGAACGCGACCACGAACGUUCGCGCGAGCGGGACAGGGACAGGUCUCGCGACAGGGAGCGUGGCAUCAAGCCUAAAAAUAAAGAGCCCAAAGAAAAGGACGAGGACAAAUGAUAUGGAUUACAAAUUUACAAUAUGGGCUCUAGUUAUAAUUUAACUUGGAAAUACUGCAUUAUAAAAGUAAUAGAAAA